AUCCCCGUGCAAUUACAGGAAAGGCGGCUGCGCGCACAGAGACGCACGUAUCUACAAGCAGUUCAACGAUUAAACUAUUUGAAGGGAACUUUUACACGGAUUGGCUUCUUAAUGUAAAAGGAAAUUGUGGGAAAUAACGUCAAAUGCAAACAAGCCGUGCAAGGUGCGUCGCCGGACAUUGAGGUGAUUUCUCUCAGCAUCUUCUCGGCAGGUUUCACUUGUUGAGCAUUACAGGACGAUGUCUUUCUGAGCAACAAGACACCAAUUCAAAGGCCUAUAUUAUAAAUACGCAAAAAGUCCCUGUUUCCACCAGCUGAGAGUGGGAUGAGCAGCAGGCGGCCAUGACGCAACUGUACUACAAGACGGACAACUCGUCCUACCGGGACCGCAUCCCGCUGCGCAUCGUGCGCGCCGAGCCGGAGCUGUCCCCGCUGGAGCGCUACUACCUGAGCGCCGUGGAGAAGGGCGACUACGCCACCGUCAAGCAGGCCCUCGAGGAGGCCGAGAUCUACUUCCGGAUCAACAUCAACUGCGUCGACUCGCUGGGGCGCACGGCGCUGCUGAUCGCCAUUGAGAACGAGAACCUGGAGAUCAUCGAGCUGCUGCUGAGCUAUAAUGUGUACGUGGGAGACGCCCUCCUGCACGCCAUCCGCAAGGAGGUGGUGGGCGCCGUGGAGCUGCUGAUAGACCACAAGAAACCCCGAGGAGAGAAGCAGGUUCCCCCUGCUCUGCUGAACAAGCAGCUGUCGGACUUCAGCCCCGACAUCACCCCGGUCAUCCUGGCCGCCCACACCAACAACUACGAGAUCAUCAAGAUGCUGGUGCAGAGGGGCGUGUCCAUCCCGCAGCCGCACGCCGUGCGCUGCAACUGCCGCGAGUGCAUGGCCAGCUCGGACGUGGACGGCCUGCGGCACUCGCGCUCCCGCCUCAACAUCUACCGCGCGUUGGCCAGCCCGUCCCUCAUCGCCCUGGCCAGCGAGGACCCCUUCCUCACCGCCUUCCAGCUGAGCGCCGAGCUGCACGAGCUCAGCACGGUGGAGAACGAGUUCAAGGCCGAGUACGAGGAGCUGUCCUACGCGUGCAAGCUGUUCGCCAAGGAGCUCCUGGACCAGACGCGCAGCUCCAGGGAGCUGGAGAUCAUCCUGAACUACCGCGACGACCUCAACCCCCUGCUGGACGAGAACGGCAACGACCUGGCCCGCCUGAAGCUGGCCAUCAAGUACUGCCAGAAGGAGUUUGUAGCCCAGCCCAACUGCCAACAGCUGCUAGCGUCGCGCUGGUACGACGAGCUGCCGGGCUGGCGCCGGCGCCACUGGGCGGUCAAGUCGGCCACCUGCGUCCUGAUCGGCCUCCUCUUCCCGCUCUUCUCCGUCUUGUACAUGCUGGCGCCCACGAGCCGCUACGGCCUGUUCAUCCGCAAGCCCUUCAUCAAGUUCAUCUGCCACACCGCGUCCUACCUCACCUUCCUCCUCCUCCUCAUCCUCGCCUCACAGCACAUCGUCUCCAACGACCCCAACCGCCAGGGGCCCCCGCCCACCCCCGUGGAGUGGAUGAUCCUGCCCUGGGUGGUCGGUUUCGUCUGGACAGAGAUCAAGCAGAUGUGGGACGGGGGUUUCCAUGACUACAUGAACGACUGGUGGAACCUCAUGGACUUCAUCAUGAACGCUCUUUACCUGGCCACUAUCUCCCUGAAGAUCGUCGCAUUCGCUAAGUACAGCGGAUGUACGACCCGGGACAGCUGGGAGAUGUGGCACCCCACCCUGGUGGCCGAGGCCCUCUUCGCCAUCGCCAACAUCUUCAGCUCCCUGCGACUCAUCUCCCUGUUCACCGCCAACUCCCACCUGGGCCCGCUGCAGAUCUCCCUGGGUCGCAUGCUGCUGGACAUCCUCAAGUUCCUCUUCAUCUACUGCCUGGUGCUGGUGGCCUUCGCCAACGGCCUGAACCAGCUCUACUUCUACUACGAGACCGACGGGGUCAAGAACUGCACGGGCAUCCGCUGCCCCGAUCAAAACAACGCCUUCUCCACGCUGUUUGAGACACUGCAGUCUCUGUUCUGGUCCGUGUUCGGCCUGGUCAACCUGUACGUCACCAACGUGAAGGCCGACCACGAGUUCACCGAGUUCGUGGGCGCCACCAUGUUCGGGACGUACAACAUCAUCUCCCUGGUGGUGCUGCUCAACAUGCUCAUCGCCAUGAUGAACAACUCCUACCAGAACAUCGCUGACCAUGCAGACAUUGAGUGGAAGUUUGCCAGAACUAAGCUGUGGAUGAGCUAUUUUGAAGAGGGCGGGACGUUGCCCUCUCCCUUCAACAUCAUCCCCAGUCCCAAAUCCAUCUUCUACCUCCUGGAGUGGUCCAAGAAACACAUGAUCAGGAGCAGCCGUCCCAGGCACCGGCAGACCAUCGGGACGUUGGGGAGGCGUGCAGCCGAAAACGUGAGACUAAACCACCAGUAUCAGGAGGUGCUCAGGAACUUGGUGAAGCGGUACGUAGCGGCCAUGAUCAGGGAUGCUAAGACGGAACAGGGGCUGACGGAGGAGAACUUCAAGGAGCUCAAGCAGGACAUCUCCAGCUUCCGCUACGAGGUGCUGGGCAUGAUGAAGGGGAGGCGCCACAGCAGCUGCCUCACCCCCGUGGCGCCCGCCUCGGGCCUGGUCGUCUCGGAGAACGCCUUCACCUACUGCCCCAACGUGGCGCACGCCGACUCCCACAAGAAGAUGAGCCUGUUCAACGUGGCGGCCUGCGUGCAGCGGCCGGGACGGGAGCACUGCUCCCGUCCCGGCGGGCUGCUCAACGGCACCGCCCUGCCGCCGCCGCGCAAGGCGAGGAAGGAGGUGGUGCUGUUGGUGGACAAGCACGGCGACCCGGCCCCGCACCCCAAACCCAAGCCCCUCGCCCCGGGUGGGGGUGACCGUGGCAUCGGGGGCGGUGCUCACCCCGGAGGUGGAGCCGGGGGAGCGGAACAGGUGGUGAAGGUGGAGGUGGAGGUCGCGCCCGAAGAGGUGACGGAGGAGGAGGUCUGGGAGAAUGAGAAUAAUCGCAAGGACAAGUGA